AUGUCUAACGAAAAUCGAAUAAAAACGUUAAGAAGGCUUAUCGGUACCUUGAAAUCGAAAUUAACGCGAGCUGAGAAGUUUCUUCAAAAACCUAUCGAUUCUCUAGACCUUCUCGAAUUAAAGGCUAAAUUAGCUGAUUUAAAUUUGGUUAAAACAAAUUUUGAUGAAAAACAAACCGAAAUGGAUUUAUUAGUGCCCGACAAUGAAAUCGAUAAAGAGUAUAAAAUUAGAGGCGAUUUCGAAGACAAAUUUUCCGCGCUUUGCGCCAAGGCACAGGGACUAAUUAAUAUAAAGACUCCGAUAAUUACGAAUCAGUUAAAUGUACAGUCAAACUCGCGUGAUACGGUCAGUGAAAAUAUUCCGCAAAUUAUGACGCCUGGCUCCAGUUUCAUGCAUCCGAUAAACGAACAAGUAAUAAAUGUUAAAUUACCUGCACUAAAUUUACCAUCUUUUAGCGGUUCUUACGAAAAAUGGCCGGGUUUUAGCGAUGUUUUCAAAUCCUCGGUUCAUAAGGAAAAACGCUACACAGAUGCCCAAAAACUCGUGUAUUUGCGAUCUUGUUUAUCAGAUAAGGCUGCCGAUAAAAUAGAGUCUUUAGAAACUACUGAUGCUAAUUAUCAAGUCGCGUGGAAGAUAUUAGAGAAGUAUUACGAUGAUCCUACUCUAGUUAUUAAUAAUCAUAUCAAAUCUUUCUUUGAAUUACCUAAUUGUCAUAAUGCAUCAGCAUCUUCCCUCGGAGAUCUCUUAAACAAUGUAACGAAACAUCGCGCAUUAGAGGCUUUAAAUAGACCGUUUCUCCAAGCCUUUCCAAUUUAUGCAGUAACUUUAAAAUUAGAUCCUCAAACGCGUUUGAAAUGGAAGGAGCACAUGCAAUCUAACAAUAAUCCAACAAUGGAAGAAUUACUUGAAUUCUUACACUGUCGUGAAAAGGUCUUAGAAGUCAAUAAAGUAGGAAAUAAACACGAUAAACAAGAAAAAAACCUCCCGCGCAAGGAUAAUAAUCCACAACGUAAUUGUAAUCGUCCUAAUCAGCAAUCCAAUGCAAAUCGCGUUGCAUCGUAUCACACUACACACAAACCUCCCUUCUGCAAUGUUUGCAAAGAAUCACAUUUUACAAAAAGCUGUGAAAAAUUGGUAAAUGUAAAUCUAGCUAAACAUUUAGAAAUUGUAAAAAAUCUAAAUUUAUGUACCAAUUGUUUACGAAGCAAUCAUACUGUGGAAAAUUGCAAGUCUGUUCUUUGUAAAACUUGUAAUAAAAAACACCACACCCUUCUGCAUGAAGAUGACAAGAAAAAGGCUCAGGUUAAUUUUGCUAGUUUACACAAUGUAGCGUCUUCUCAAAUUCUAUUAUCAACCGCAAUGAUUCACAUUUUAGAUCGCAAGGGAAACCCACACACAUGUAGGGCUCUUCUUAAUAAUGGUUCACAAGUUCAUUUUAUCACUGAAAAAAUGGCUGCGAAAUUAAAACUGAAACAAUUCGAUCGUGAAAUUCCUCUUGGUGGCGUGAAUCAGAUGAGUUCUUGUAUAAGCAAAAUAACGAGUGCUACUAUUGAAUCGCGGUUAAAUAAAUACAGCACCAACUUGACAUUUUUGAUAUCCCAGUCAAUUAACGAAUAUACUCCAAGUGAAUCAAUAAAUAGGACUGCGUUAAAAUUUCCUCCCAAUAUCCGCUUGGCCGAUCCAGAAUUUCAUAUACCCGGGUCAAUCGAUAUUCUCAUAGGUGCAGAAAUAUUCUUGAAAUUGCUUUGUGUUGGUCAAAUAUCGUUAGUUAAUAACAGUGUCACCUUACAGAAAACUCACUUAGGGUGGAUAUUAGGCGGAAAAAUCCCCGGAUUAGAAAUUUCUAAAGCAGUUACUUGCAAUCUUUCUUUAAAUUUAUUGCACAAUCAAAUAUCAAAAUUCUGGGAAAUCGAAAAUGUACCUAAUGAAAAUGUCUUAUCCAAUGAAGAGAUGAAUUGA